ACCAUACUUAUAUGGCAGGAUUCGAAGCAAAAUGUAGAGAGUUUCUUGUUUUAUUUUGGAGACAUUUGUAUUGACUUGACGCUAAGAUAUUACCAAUGCUUAUCCAGUUUCCUUACAAACCGCUGACAGUUUUUUAACCGUUGACCGUUUGACAGCAUCGCCGGGUUUAAAAUGAACUGCUUUCAUUUGGAAGAUUUUUUGGCUGGAUGGAUUGGUGGAGCCUCCAGUGUUAUUGUUGGACACCCUCUUGACACGGUGAAGACCCGACUUCAGGCAGGGAAAGGAUACAAAAACACAUUACACUGUGUCCUCACCAUCUACCGAAAAGAAACAAUCUCAGGUUUCUUCAAAGGUCUGUCCUUCCCCCUGGCCAGCAUCACCGUCUACAACUCGGUCGUGUUCGGCUUCUUCAGCAACACACAGCGGCUCAUAAGCAAGUAUCGCUAUGGUGACGGCAGGCACCCCUCGGGCAUGCUGGACCUGACGAUGGCCAGUAUGUUGACUGGCCUGAUGUCGGUGAGCCUGGGAGCGCCGGUCGACCUAGUCAAGAUUAGACUGCAAAUGCAGACUCAGCCCAAGCCUCUUCUGGCAGAGAGCUUCCACCUGGCGGGGAGUGGCAACGGCAGCGGAAGCAUUCCCAUGCACUCAGUGCACCUGCAGGCCCAGGCGCAGCCCACGUACCGUGGCCCCAUCCACUGCAUCAGCAGCAUCCUGCAGACGGAGGGCGUCCAGGGCCUGUACCGCGGGGCCGGGGCCAUGCUCCUGCGCGACGUGCCCGGCUACACGCUCUACUUCAUCCCCUACACGCUGCUCCGCAGCUGGCUGAGCCCAGAGGGCAGUGCCUCCCCGCACCCCUGCUCUAUAUGGCUGGCAGGAGGGUUGGCAGGCUCCAUCUCGUGGGUGACUGCCACGCCCGCUGAUGUUGUGAAGAGUCGACUGCAGGCCGACGCCAUGCACCAAAGAAAAUACCGAGGCAUCCUGCACUGCAUCAGGCACAGCUACAAGACAGAGGGAAUACAUGUUUUCUUCCGUGGGGCCACAGUGAAUGCCGUUCGAGGAUUCCCUAUGUCUGCAACAAUGUUUCUGACCUAUGAACUCUCUCUGAAGUUUUUCCGGAGCCUGUAGACUCCCAAAAUCGUUGCUAUGGUUACUUGAAUUGCAAAAUAUUCCAAGCAGAAGUUUUUGGUUAUCGUGAUUUUAAAAAGUCAUAAUAAGUGCCUAAUGUUUAAGUAUAGACUGAUAAUUAAUGUAUUAAAAUAAUAUAAUUUCUUAUAUUAAGAAAGACGAUAUAUUUAUAUAUGUACAAAUAUAUAAGUUUAUAAACAUGUUUUACAUUUUACCUCACUUUAAUCUUUAUCUGUGGUAUCACUCAAAUGUCCUUCUCUUAGGAUAAGCAUUGAGUCAAUACUAUACUAAUUUUGUGUUGUGUUUUGUUUGUUGUUUAAAUGUACUGAACACAAAACAUUUAAGCCAUUUGAGAACAACAAAUACGUCUGUGUCACGUCACACAUGUCACAUUUACUUGUUUUUACCAUUUGUAAAAUCCAUAAACAUGUAACAACUGUAAAUAACCACCUUUGCCUAAAUAAAAAGCAAAUCAAUAUGA